GUUAUAGGUAAUGGCAAGGAUCGGCACCGAAUUGUUGCCGAAGCAUGGAUUGGCGUUAAACCUUAAGCCCUCUUAUAUCCGUCUUUCGGAUUCUUUAUGUAUGAAGCUGUAGCCGGUCGGCUAUCUAUCUUGUGCCUCAUUGAUCUUGCUCGUCCAACAGCGACGCCAUUUUUAAUAUUUUUCGGGCCCGGUAGAUGUGACAUAGUGUGGUGCUACCGGAGCCGUAAAAACAUCCGCGCCAAUGCCGGAGACCAGUGAAGAAACACAGCCGCUUCAUGCGAUGUCUAGCCGAAUAAAGCGAAAUACGGCUUGCACCAGCUGCCGAGAUGCGAAGGUCCGCUGCAACCCCAGCCAUAAUCCAGCCCAACCGUGCCAGCGCUGUGCCAAGCUUCACUUGACGUGUGUCGUAGAUAAGACUCACAAGAGGGUGAGCCGAAAAAGUAAGUUGGACGAGCUAGUCCAGGAAAUUCAAUCUAUCAAGCAGAGUGUUAGUGGACAAUCAGCCUCGUUACCGAGCCAAACAGCAGAAUUCUCUCCACAAAAUGAGGUCCUCACGCCCCUUAAAGAGUCUGUUCCACCACGCUUAGGGGUUCCAUCACCAAUAAGCGUCUCUGCGGACGUAGAAGGCAGGGCUCCUGCUAUAGUAGCUACGACAACCAGCACCACAGUUGCUCCCUCUUCAGUAAUACAUACUCCCGCCAGUAUACCACUCAUCCAGGGCCCAGCCGCUGAGCCCGCACUUCCUAGAGCUCUUGGAUCACAGCCAUUUUCUGGUGAAGAUGUUGAAUAUUAUUUUCAAAAAUAUUUUGAGCAUUAUCAUCCCUAUAUGCCAGUCGUACGGCACAAGGACCCAAAUAAAUGCUACGAUACUAGUCCGUUGCUUUUUUGGACCAUCAUCUACGUAGCGACACGCCGCUACGCUAAAAACUCAACAAUCUUUCCCUUCAUGCUAGAUUCUAUUAAGCGGGAUGCCUAUUCAGCCAUUGCUAAUCCGCCCCUCCCCUUACCUUCAAUAAAUGCCCUCAUCUUGCUUUGCACCUGGAUCUUCCCAGAGGUACGGUUCGUGAACGAUCCGUGCGCACUAUUUUCGAGCAUUUGUAUGAGUGCAACUGCUCAACUGGGAAUCCAUUGUGGGAAAGGGGCUCAUCCGGAAUAUAGCCAUGGCGUCUUCCAGAACAACUUCACAGACGAGGAAGCCUCGUUUACGUGGGCUGGGUAUAACAUAAUCUCUCAAAGGGUGUCUUCAUUCUUAGGGCUCCCGCCUCUGGGCUGCCUAUUUAAUCAGACCAUUCAAAAUGUUAUCGAUGGCAGGAUACCGUUUCAAGUUCCUUCAAACUUUCGUAUUCUCCUCGAAUGCCAGAAAUUCUGCAAUCAUGUUAGUAAGACUAUGUCGGCCAGUCUAGAAGAUGCACGAGGGGUUUCGUCAAAGCUGGUUCAGCUCCUUGAAGACGAGUGGAACGCCGUAAGAGGACUUAUAUGCUCUGAACGCGCAGGCGACCUCGAUCGAUUCAACGCGUUGCUAGUACAGCUAGAAAUACAAACGUACUAUAUGAUGCCCCUUCCGGGCUACAACCCGGACGCAUUGAAACGCAACAUACUGCGAACAUAUAAUACAGCACAGGUUGUGAUCCACGAGUCCAUCGAGCUAGACAACAAAGUGCAGUUCUUGCGGCAUAUACCACACUUCCAUCUCCGGGCGCUCGCGUCUGCAGGAUGCAUCGUAUACCGAGUUCUACGGUCAUCAUAUAUGUCUUUCAUCGACCGCAAAGCCGCCGAGCGGUCGGCAGCCGACAUCAUCACUGCGGCCCGGCGUGCUAGUAUCAUGGAAUCCGACUUGCCUAUGCGCCUCGGAAACCUCCUCGAGUCCUGGUCUGACUGGCUGCUGGCGCAUGGGGACUCCGCCACCACCCAACUGCAACCGCAACCACAACUACAGUGGAGCGAGGAGCCCGUGUCGGCGUUCUCGCACCGCCUCAGUGCCAGCGUAACUUUCGACUGCAUGACCCGCUGGAAAAGUGAUCACCGCCACAACGCCCUCCGCUGCAAGUGCCAGCCCUCUGGUGCCUCUGGCGCUUCUGGCACCACUCCAGCACCCGGUACUGCUGGUGGUACGAACGGCUGUGAAACGCCGGCUACUAUGGCAGGAAGCGCCGAUGCCCUGCAGAAUAUAGAUUGGACAUUCAUGGACGACUUCGAUUGGAGCUUUGAGCCUGUGAUGCCGGUGCUGACGGCACCGACGUGAGGGCAUGACGCAAGAAAUAGGCGGUAUGAAAAAAGAUAAUGUAAAAACAAAGCAAGCAAGAAGACGUAGCUGCUCGUAUUUUGGGACCGGCGUACAUGAGGUGUUAUGCAAGUGUAUAGGGUGAGCAUCUACCUGUUAAGUAUGACGAUCUAAAAGAAGAUUGAACGCGGGUAUUAAACCGAAGGCGAAAGGGGAAAUGCCAACUAAGAAUUUAGCAUACAUUCGCAUGUAUAUUAUAUCAUGCCAUUCAUAUAGGUUUCACAGUACAUAUGAGGCCACUAUCUUCAUUAGUUUAGAAGUAGAGAAUAAAUAGCAAUAAUAGCAGAC